GCAGAACAGUCACAACCAAACCAAACCGUACGCUACCUAUCUUUAACCAACUCCCUUUUACCAAGCAAAUAUGCCUGCCCAAGGACACAGAUUAUACGUUAAAGCCAAGCACUUGUCUUACCAACGCAGUAAGCACCACAUUCAACCAAACACCUCUUUGGUUAAGGUUGAAGGCUGCGAUACCAAGGAAGAUGCUCAAUUUUACUUGGGUAAGCGCAUUUGCUUUGUUUACAAGUGCAACAAACCUAUCCGUGGAUCCAAGAUCCGUGUUAUCUGGGGUACCGUUUCUCGUCCUCACGGAAACUCUGGUGUUGUCCGUGCUCGUUUUGUCCACAACCUUCCUCCUAAGACCUUCGGUGCAUCUCUUCGUGUCAUGCUUUACCCUUCUAACAUCUAAAUAAAAUUCAUGUUGCGCUUGGUAAAAUGACUUAGCUUUUUUUUUUCUUUACAACCAUAUUUUUUUCCGAUUAACAUGAUAUACUUUUAAAUGACUAUCAUAAGUAUUCGCUGAUGAUCUGAUAUUUUUUUCAAAAAAAAAUACU